AAUGAACAAUUGAUAGGGUUCGAAAUUCAAGUUCGUGGACCCUUUGACGUUUCAGAUAGAAUUGGACACGCAGGAGAAACGAUAAAUACAUCAAUGAGAAGAUCUAGUAUUCUCGUGCCUCCUUCCCCCUUAUCACCAUUAAAAAGUUCUUUGCUAAAUCCAAAUAGUUUUGAUGGAUGUUGGGACGAAUUAUUCAUGAUUUGUGGAGGAACUGGUAUAACUCCAAUAUAUCACCUUGCACAUAUUAAAAGUAAUGAUGAAACUGAACAAAGACAUAGAAGAAUUCAUAUGCAUUUAUUAUUUGGUAAUAAAACUAUCGAAGAUAUAAUUGAUGGUAUAAGGUUAGAAGAAUAUUCAUUAUCAAGUAGAGGAAUGCUUACAAUCAGUUACGUUCUUUCGAAUCCACCCGAAGGAUGGUCAGGUUUACAAGGACAAAUUAGCCCGGGAAUAAUACGAAAAUGGUUAAGCGAUGUCAAAGCCAUACCACCAACUACACCCACAUCAUCUGUAUCACAAUUUGGAGAUAUACAUAAGAGCCAUACUUUACGAGGACAUGGAUAUAAUUUACCUAAACAAACAACGUUAAUAUGUGACGAACCUCUACCAAUACCUGCCAAACAAUCGUUAUUAUCAUUAUAUCGUGAUGAUCCUCUUUCAGCACCUAAAUAUCAAGGGUACUCUUCAACACAUCAACCAUAUCCUCAAACAAUGACGGAAGAACCAACGUCUUUGGGACAUUCAACGACACGAGUUAAUCUUCCACUAACUUUAACAACACCACACAAACCUGUUCCUCAAGGUUCAAAUAGUUGGCAUUCACUAUCACAUGAAUCACCCACUUCAUUUCAUCCAUUAUAUAAUCAAGAAGAGCAUGAAGAAAAUUAUGAGAAGAUGCGAGGUUCGCCUUCUAAUUUUAUAACGAAUAUGUCAAACUUUAAAAUUAUAGUGUGUGGUCCACCGGGAAUGAUAACGAUUGUUGAGCAAACAUUAUCUGAAAUGGGUUAUUCUGAAAAUGAUAGCAUUUUAUUAAUAUAA